AUGUCGUCGACCACAAACCCCCCCUCGCCGGCAUCUGGGAGCCCCACGGAAUCAAACACUCUGGGGCCUGGCUCCGCCCAAGGCACGCAGGGAAUCACCAUAGUCGCCCUUACAUCGGCCUUGAUUUCGUCGUUGAUCAUUUUUGGUGUGCAGAUGUUCGCGUUCAUUCUACUAAAGAAUAAACUUGCACGGAUAUUUAAACCCAAGACGUACCUGGUGCCCGAACGAGAGCGAACUGAGCCACCUCCCAGAAGCCCAUGGGGUUGGCUAUUUGCCAUAUUCCGAUUUCGAGACAGAGAGAUUAUCAAAAAAUGCGGCCUCGAUGCCUACUUCUUCCUACGAUAUCUACAAACGCUCCUUAUCAUCUUCGUACCCCUCGCGUUCGUUUUGCUUCCAGUUCUUCUCCCUAUCAACUACGUCGGUGGCAGGGGCGGAGGAUAUGCGUUAGAACAUGGCAAUAUCACGGGCUCGCAAUUUGCAAAUAUUACUGGGCUGGACCAACUAGCUUGGGGAAACGUGCGGCCUACCCACACCCGUCGAUAUUGGGCUCAUCUAGUCCUUGCAUUGGUGGUCAUUGUCUGGGUCUGCGGCGUGUUCUUUGCAGAGCUGCGGGUCUACAUCAAAGUCCGACAGGAUUACUUAACAUCAGCUGAACAUCGCUUGAGGGCAUCUGCGACGACGGUGUUGGUGAGUGCCAUACCGAAGAAGUGGCUCACGGAAGAAGCGCUUUCUGGUCUCUACGACGUUUUCCCUGGCGGAAUUCGCAAUAUCUGGAUCAAUCGCAACUUUGACGAGUUGCUCGACAAGAUUCGCCAACGAGAUAAGAUCUUCAAAAAGCUGGAAGCCGCAGAGACAGAGCUUGUCAAAAAGGCAAAGAAAGCCCAGAAGAAGCAGCUCGAGAAAGAUGACAAAGAUGAGGCAAAAAAGUCGAAGCAACGGCGACUUACUAAGGAUGAACGAGAACAGAAACUGAAGCGCGAGAAUUUGGAGGCCGAACACCGAGCCCGUACCGGAGGCAUGAGCUCGGGUGAUCCUCAUCAGGUGCCACAUACAAUAGAUGAUGCCAUUGAGGAGGAGGAGCAGAGGAUGAGAGAUCUGCGAAGCGCCACGCCCGAAGAAGGGACUCAACGAAAAGGAACAUUUAAGAUACCUGUCAUUAGUGGCGGUCUAGCUGCCGUUGAAAAGGGAUUCGGCGCUGUGGGUCAGGGCCUUGGAAAGGGACUUGGGGCCGCAGGCAGCACCGUGGUUGGAGGCGCCCGUAACAUUGGCAGAGAUCUCGACAAUCAACUCCAGACUACGCAUGGCUUCGUGAAUAUCGAUGCGAAUUCUCCAGUAGAUGGUGAUUAUGAUGAGUAUGGACGAUACAUUGGACAUGUUGAUGGCAACAGCAAUGCCGCCGCAGCAGAUGGCAAUGACGCAGAAAAGGUGCGGGGAGAUUCACGAUCAUUUGAGUCAUCGAAAGAUGGUGAUCACCAGGGACAGCCUACGAGACUUCCUGGAAAUGCAACUCGGAGAGGGGAAUUUGUCCACGGCGAGAAUGACGGCCAUACCCAUGGCUGGUGGAGAUUCUGGAAGGGUCCUGCUGGUGGCUUUGCAUCACCUAUACCAACUGGAUAUGAGGAGGGCGAUGAGUUUCCAUUGACGCAAUCUGAGGAGUCGACCAAACCACAGCAACAGCAGACGAAAGGAUUUGGAGCCACGAUCAAGUCCGCUCUACCUUUCUUGAACAAAGGAUCGCAACAUAUCGAAUACCCUCUAGCAUACAAUCAAGACUACAAGGAAAAUGCUACUGCUGCAGUUUGGCAAAGGUUUCUGAAAGAGAAGGAACGGCCAACACAUAGACUUGCCAGGUUCUCUUGGACUCCUGGCUGGCUGCCUGGUCUUCCUAUAAUCAAUAAAAAGGUGGACACGAUCUACUGGUGUCGCGAGGAGUUGGCCCGUAUGAAUUUAGAGAUUGAAAUAGACCAGAAACAUCCAGAGCGAUUCCCCUUGAUGAACUCUGCAUUUAUACAGUUCAAUCAUCAAGUUGCCGCUCAUAUGGCUUGCCAGGCUGUCACGCAUCAUGUGCCAAAGCAUAUGGCCCCCAGAACGGUUGAGAUAGCACCGAAGGAUGUUCUUUGGGACAAUAUGUCUAUCAAAUGGUGGGAAGCUUGGGUCAGAGCUGCUAUCGUUACUGCUAUUGUGGCGGGUAUGAUCAUCCUCUGGGCGGUUCCCGUUGGUUGGACGGCCACCCUUGCUCAGCUAGGCGUACUGGCUCAGAGGUAUACAUGGCUCCACUGGCUUAACCGCAUCCCGAAAAACAUCCUCCAAGCAAUUGCUGGUGUUCUGCCAGCCCUUGUUUUGGGUAUCUUGCUCGCCCUCGUACCAGCGAUUCUAAGUUACCUGGCGUUUCUUCAAGGAAACCAAACGGGGACCGAACAACAACGAUGUGUGCAAAAUUAUUAUUUCGCCUUCCUAUUUGUCCAAGUCUUUCUGAUCGUCUCCCUCACUGGGGGUGUUGCAGCCACUCUUGUGUCGUCGGCAAAAGAUAUUACCUCAAUUCCCCAAACGCUUGCAACCCAACUGCCUAAAGCAGCCAAUUAUUUCUUCUCCUAUAUGAUUCUUCAAGCUCUAUCUACGUCUUCCGGAACCCUACUUCAGGUCGUUACUCUCAUUACCUGGUACAUAAUCCCAAAGCUCUUCGACAGCACUGCCCGGGAAAAAUGGACCAGGAAUACCACGCUUCCAAACGUGACUUGGGGCAAGCUCUACCCCGUUUAUACCAACUUUGCUUGUAUUGCACUGAUCUACAGUGUCGUUUCGCCGAUCAUCAUCGUCUUCGCCAUCAUCACCUUUACGUUGCUCUGGAUCGCGCAGCGGUACAACAUGCUUUACGUCUCGCGAUUCCAGCUAGAUACUGGCGGGUUACUGUACCCCCGUGCUAUUAACCAGACAUUCACUGGCCUUUACGUGAUGGAGCUUUGCCUAGUUGGCCUUUUCUUCCUAGUGCGGGAUGAGGAUGGGAAUUUAACCUGUGCGACACAAGCGAUCAUCAUGAUCGUCGCCGCGGCUCUCACAGUACUGUACCAAUACCUCCUAAACAUGUCUUUUAGUCCUCUCUUCCGCCAUCUUCCCAUUACCUUCGAGGAUGAAGCCGUCCUCCGUGACCAAGCUUUCGAGCGCGCACAGGCCCGCCGCCUCGGCCUCAAUGAUGAGGAUGUAGAGGCCGGGCCAAGAGACAAGGAUGAUGCCAUUGAACUCACCCGGCUUACCAGCCCAGACAAACGCACCAAAUUCAAUCCUGUCAACAUGGUCCAAGGCGCUGGAAGCUGGGCCAUGAACUCCGGCCGAAACAUCAAAUCCAAGACCUUUGGUCCUGGCAACGAUCAUACCAAGCCACCGAACCUCCGAAAACGCAAACACCGUGAUGCUGAAGAGCAAAAAAAGAUCGCUGAUGCCUUAUACGGGGGGAUUGCCGAUGAUAUUGAGGAUCUCACGCCCGACGAAAGAGACGUGUUGGUUCGACAUGCUUUCCAGCAUUAUGCUUUGAGGGCGAGAAAACCAACGAUCUGGAUCCCUGGUGAUGAUAUUGGAGUUAGUGAUGACGAGGUGAGGAGGACGAGGGGGUUCGCGGGGCAGAACAUUUGGAUUUCAAAUGUGGGUGCGGCCCUGGAUGGGAAAUGUAGAGUUGUUUACGGAAGGAAUCCCCCGGAUUUUUCAGAGAUCGAUAUCAUAAAUCUUUGA